AUGGAGGAGGCGACGGCCUCAACUCUCGGAGUGGCCGUGGCGCUCGCGUGCAGCCUCCUCAACGGAACCUCCUUCGUGGUGCAGAAGAUGGGUAUUGGGCGGGCGCAGAGGGCAGGUCGCUCUUGCCUCAGGGAAUGGCUGUGGUGGGUCGGCACUCUUACAAUGGCACUGGGCCAAGCAGGGAACUUUGUUGCCUACAACCUGGCUCCAGCAACACUUGUGACACCCCUGGGUGCCUUUGGGAUCCCAUUCGGGGCCGUGCUGGCUUCGUGGCUGCUGGGUGAGCGGCUGUCCCCGCUCGGAAAACUGGGGUGCGUGCUCUGCUGUGUCGGUUGCAUUGAGAUCAUCGUCCACACCCCCAAGGGCAGCGAAGUCAAGCGUCUGGCUGAGCUCGAGGACCGCCUCACUGACCCAGUGUUCUGGGUCUACGUGGCCCUGGUGCUGCUGGCGCUGCUGGCGCUCGUGCUGCGAGCGGCAUCUCCCGCCGGAAGCUCUGACGCGCUGGUGCCGAUCGCCAUCUGCUCACUGUUCGGCAGCUUCACGGUGCCGAGCGCCAAGGGCCUGGGCCUCGCCGUCUCGGAGCUGCUGCCCUCGGCGGCGCCCCCCGGCGCGCCGCACGCCACGCGGCUGGCGCUGGCCGCAGCGGCGGUGCUCGCGGUAUCGCUGCCGGCACAGCUGCGGUAUCUGACGCGCGCACUGGCCGUGUCCAGCUCGGCCACAGUGGUGCCCGUGUACUACGCCGGCUUCACCGUCUCGGUGACGGCGGCAUCCUCCGUGCUGUUCCGCGAGUGGGCCGGCGCGAGCGCGGUAGCGGCGCUGGGUGCGGCGUGCGGUUUUGUGACCGUGUGCGCCGGAGUGGUGCUGGUGGAGGCCUACAGAGACGGUGACCCCCCCUUGCCACGCCAGCCGCCACAAAAGCGAGACUGACAUUGGGGCGGUUCUGACGAUGGGCCGAUAUGGCCCAUAAAGUCCUCCGUGGCCCGGCGGUAGCGCCUUCGCUGGUUGUUGCAAUUGGAAUGCGACUAGCCGCCCUGGUUAUUCCCAGGUGUGCAUCGCCCGUGAAACACGCUGUCUUCUUCGCAAUAGACAUUAAACAUCCCGUGCCAUUUCGUGCCAGUGUCAUGGUCCAAAUUUGUCAAUUUUUUUUAAUGAUACCGCAAGUUAGCCAAUUGGGAUUUCACACGGCAACGUCAUUGCCCCCUGCUGUGAAAUCACUGGAGACUAUGUCUACAAAACACAGCGGCGCCAUCCUUUGCGAUAAUUACUUUGCGUUAUAAGAAUGUCGCGAAUACCGAAUGCACUUGAUUAUCAUUUUUAGAACAUCCUUUAAUCGCCAGCUUUUUCUCAUGUUUUUAAGGCCUUUACAAAGAUUUAGAUAAUUACGUCUUGAAAGAUACUCGUGAUACCAAUUAUCUGAUUAUGCGAGUGUAUGUGUGGGUUAGUAAGCAUGAGGCACAACGCAGCAGCGGUUAAUGCCAGCUACACUGCACUCACAAAAGUGACAUCGCUAUGCAGUGGCCUCAUUGUCCUGCUGUUGCCUAAGAUAGUGUGAUGACAGUAGAGUGUGAGUGGACUAGUGGCCAGGGGAGGUAGUGACAGGGGAGUCAGCCUCCAGUGCGAAUAUACUAGUGGCCAUGGCAGGUAAUGACGGGUAUCAGUUGUGAGCACGAAGGGACUCGUGGCUACGGGAAUGAUCAAGAAUGGAGCAUGGUCAGGUGACGGAAGAAGACGGGAGAGUCUGCUGGUGGAGCAAGCGUCCAGAGUCAGAUAGAAGGUUUGGGAAGGGGGGCGUGGCCUCCGUCGGUAUAUAAGGGAGAUGCGUGGGAGACUCAGGGCUGUUGCAGUGGGGUCUCUGCCUGUGUCAGGUGAAUGUGUCUUCAAUGAAGUGCCAUCUCAAGAGAAGUGUGUCAAGUCGUCAUUACAAUAGUAUGGCCACAAUUUGGUUGUGAGGACCAAUCCCAUGGACUUGGUAUAUGCGGCAUGAUGUGUUUGUGAUGGCUAUGACAAUUGACGCCCUGGACACCUUUGUAAAUGAGAUGUUCCAUCUCAAGGGAUUUCCCAGGUGAAAUAUUUUAAUUAACCAAUAGCCAAUAAAUUUUUCCGCCUGUAAAUGACCUCUUCUGUGUGUCUUGUUGGCCAAUGGUUGUUGCUAGAACGAGACAAACUGAAACCCAGAACUGCUUUUAUGUAGUUUUAACAGUUCAACAAAUAAAAUAAAACAGUUAAAGUAAAUCUGCACAGAAUCUCGGAUGUGUCAGACGCCUGUUAUUAACAGAAAACGUAUAUUUACAACUAACACAUUUUAAAUACAGCAGUUCUCCAAACUACAGAAGAGAUUACCAAUCAUAGUUUUGUCUGCAAUUACAAACGCGCAUGUGUGUGUGUGGUACUGUGCUACAGUUUUACUAUAGCACAGUACCAGAUGUAUGUAAACAUGAACAUAGGACAGAAAGUAAUUUGACAUUUUUGGAGAUCAUUUUAUGAAUUCACCCUCUCAUUGGUUAUGUGAAGAUUACAAUUGUUACAAGUUAAAGGGAUUGUUUGGACGAAGGUUGAGGGUUAAAUUUUUCUCAUACUAAACGUGGAAUCAUAGUUCCAAGUUUAUUUUGUGAAACCAGGUAGGAACCCAAGACACCAAGAUAGGGUAAUUCGUAAGUGUGACCUGGGGCAUUAUUCUACCAGUAGGGGACGAUACUUGGCUGCUGGGUGUGGAUUCCUAAUUGAGUAAUUUGCGGGUCAUUUUCGAAUUUUCCAAGUUUGGAUCUUGAUGCCAGCACACAUCGGCCUACUCUUGCGAAUAACGUGCGGGGAUUUUUAAGGUCCACGCAUAUGGUUAGUACGGUUACUACGCCCACAGUAUUAACCAGGGCAACUGCUGAAUUCGAACUGUGAGCCUCCACAACGAGUGGCGAAUGCGCUAUCUCAGGAUCCACGUCGCCACCCACAGGAAGGAGUCCGGCACGUGUUCCUGAGCGCCAAUGUUCGUAGACUUGUGACCUUUACGACGAGGUUAAACCCCCAUUGGGACCAGGGGUCUGCUUUUAAACGGAGACCUAAUUCUCAUCCUUUGCCAGAGCUGAAUUAGCAAAUCUGAGGUCCUCGUUUGAAUAGAACACUCGUUGAAGUUUACUCCGAAACAAUGUUUUCAAGUGUCUGCAUUUCAUGGUUAUGGAAUCUGAAAGGUCAGCACAUCACAUGCAACGUAAAACAUUUCUUUAAAUGAUUGUUGUCGAGCAAGGCUCAAGGGGAAGUUUUGCAUAAGUCGGUCGGCUGGAUAUCGGGUGGUGGAGACACCGGAGGAACGGACAAGUAGAUGUGUGGCUACGCAGAGAGGUCGCUACUGAAGAAGAGACAGUAAAUUGUCCCCUGUGUCAUCGCACGAGGGGUGCCUUUCCACAAUUUCCAAUGUGGGAAUUGGCAUCUGUGCUCGGGUGGCAGGAAUGGGUCUGUACCAUGAUCUGGUACCGGUGUUGAAACGUUAUUGCACGAAACUGCACCGUGUUUUGAUCGACUUGGGCUGACUGGAGAAGGAUGCCCGUGUUUGGUCUUCCUCGCUCGUACUCCUCACCAAUGUGGAUACAGUUGGGAGUGGCCAUUGGCAAAACUAUGAAUUGUCACACAUUGAGAUUUGUCACGUGGCCCAAUGUUUAUGUUUAUCAGCACAAUAUAAUACGUCUUCUGCGUUUAUUAAUAUGAAUGAUAAAAACUGGGCAAGAAACACAUGCCGAGAUAACAAUUUUGCUGCACCACGCCUGCGUGCGCCCUGUAGACGCGCAGUGGCCUCGUGCGGUUCCCGUGAGUCGCGGAUCGGGGCAGGGUUGCUCCCGCAGUUGCCACCCCUGAGCUACAAAUCAACCAGGAAAUUAGGUGUUCUCCCCCCGUUCUGCAUGGGUUUCCUCCCAUGUCUGAAAACACAAUAAUGUACCCGGUAUUUGCCAAAUAUCCCAAAGCUGCAACAUUACCAGCAAUUACUGAGCAGCAACAUCACCCCGUACUGUGAAGACCCUGGCAGGACCCUCCUGAUAAAGAGAGUUGAGAUUCUCGAGUACAAUCAUAAUAAAUAAUACACUGAGAUGAUGCGAGUGAUCACAGUGUUGCCUUGGGGAAAUUCUUAGAAUUCAAAUGCAAGAUCUGAGUGGUGCCGAUUCAAUGUUCUGUUCGCCCAACACCACGUCCACUCACAAACGCGCCUCGUGGCUACGAGCUCACCGCUGCACGUUAUUUUACCAACAUCAAAUUGGAGUGUGUUUAAUAUGUGGGCUUUCGCGAACCAAAAUUAUCCAUAAUAACAGAACAUGCCAAUUCGUUAUGUUUAUGUGAAAAACCUUACUAAUUGGUUGUGUCGAGUGGUGGCGGCUUAAACAACACAUGUAUUUACGCGAUCUAACCCAAAAAGAAAACCUGUAUUAUGGACGAUUUGGAGUGUGCUAUGUAAAUAAAGAUUUAUUUCACCUUU